AUGGAAGGCCUUCUGACGGCAGUGAAAACUGUAAAGCGAGAUUCAGAUGCCCUUGUUGCAUCUGCUGUCGAGCCUCUGCGUGCUGAUCCGCUAGCAAGAAAUGACUUCGAUCCUGAACAUCUAUCAUCACGUCGCAUUAUAGAUCUACUCAAAACUAGCCCCGAUCGUGAACAGCUGUCUGCCAUUUUGGGAGCUCUUGAUCCGUUCAGCAAAUCCAAAACUACAAAGGACUUCGACCUCCGGAUUGCAAGUCCCAUCACAGGCCAGAUUCUCCAACUCUUAGUCAGCACCACGAUUCCAGAUCAUUGGGGAUCGCUAGAUGCAAAAGACAGCAAAGGGAAAGACGCCAAAGCUCGAGCAGCAUUAUUGAGAUGUCUUAGCAGCGUGGCCGGUAUCGGUUCCUUGGUGGCUCAGCUACGAUCUCUAAUCAACGCAGCCCGCGCUUCUGCCCAGCAAGUGCAAGGUUCAAGCAGCCAACUUGGUAUUCGGGAUCUCUUGGCUGUGCUUGCUGCUUUGCUAGAACCAAAAGACUUUUUGCUCCGUCUUUCUUCUGACAUUUCAGUCAUCUAUGACAACAAAACUCGACAGCAAGUUACGUGGAGAGAGCUUGUGUCGCUUGUUGCUGCUGGCAAGAUUCUAUCAACAGCAGCCGAGGCUCUCACUGUUGUUGAUGAGUCAAGAUCAGUAUCUUCAAUCUCCUGGGUUGGGAAUGGUUCCCAAUAUGCAUCAUGGCUUGGGCGCAACGUUUCUCAUAUGGCGACGAGACUAGCCCCAGAUAACGAAAGCGACUGGGCCUCGGUUGCUUUGUUGACAGGGCGCGCCUCAAGCCUUGGAUAUACAGAUCAGUUUGUCAAAAAAAUAUACUCGGAUCUACUUGUUCGGCAGUCCUCGCCAGCGCACUUCGGAAUUUUAUUAGACCACCUCAGACGGACAGAGCAGCUUGCAUUUGUAGAAGCGAUCUUCCGUGAUAUACAACGAAAGCACUUUUCAGAUGACCUAUCGGGGACAGUGGGCCAGUCAAUCACUCCUUCAGAGCCCAUUAAAGGAAUGGCAGCUUUGAUUUCUACCGUCAUCUCUUCUCGGCCAGACCUGGAAAACCAGGUCGUGGAAUGGCUGUCAAAAUCGCAAGGUGGCUCGAUAAACACGUUGGGACUGCGUCGUGCACUAUUAGCCACUUUCAUUAACCGCGGUAGUGUAUUAAAGCCACUGCUCAUACGCAGCCUCGAGCAAUUUGGUGACAAAUUCUCUAUCAAACACGUUCCAAAUGUGGUUCAGAAUGCAACUGCACAGGUGAUUCUUCUCGCCGCCGGCCACCUCUAUCGGCUAGAUCAAGCGCAAGUGAAAGAAGUAGGCCGAUCACGAGCAUAUCUCAACGCAGUCUCUAAUCGACUUGCUGCGUCCUCUAACAGAGCACGACUUCUUGGCAUGAUCGUUGGAACAGGAAUAUCUGAACUCAUUGAGGAGCCAGGCAAAGUGCUGAAAUUUGACCUAGAGGAAAUGCGAAGCGAGGAAGCUCUAUGGUAUUUGGAUUUGACAAAGGUCCAAGACGAGGUCGGUUCGCCGGAAUCCAUCAAAGCAUUGCAAGAGCCAUUGCCAGCAAACCCAGAAAUAGUCCGCCCCAAGCCUAAAAAACAACCGAAAGCACAAUUUUCGCGUCAGCAUACAAGCAAGAUUGUUGCGAUUGAAGAAGUCGAGGAUAGUGACGAAAAUGAGGAUGAGGAUGAAGAUGACGAUCUCAUUCCAUAUGAAAAGCCGGACGACGAUGCAUAUGAUUCCGAGGAUGAUCCCACUUUGAUCCAACGGAAUAAGCCGACAGCGCCUGUAUACAUCCGUGAUUUGAUCCCAUCUCUCCGAGACACCGAGAAUGUCGAGCGCUAUCAUCUCGGCAUCACCACUGCCCCAUCCUUAAUUCGACGGAAGAUAGGAUUCGGAACUGAACUUGCCGAGCAGAUCGAGGAGUUAGCUCUGACUAUCGUGGGUCUUCAAAACGACAACAACCAUCCAUCAUUCCAUGAAUCUCGCCUACAAAGCAUGAUUGCAUUGAUUGUGUCCGAGCCCUUCAAGAUGGGCCGCUGGUUUACUGCCAUCUACUUCGAUGGAGACCUUUCUCAAGUCCAGAGAUCCGCUGUUCUUACAGCUCUGGGUUUGAGUGCCCGCGAGUUAGCCGGGAAUGGAGAAGGUGAUGCUAAAGCAUUGCGUCUCCCAACUACCGGCGAUACCUCAUUCCCAUCCAAACGGCUCUCGCCUGCCCUAGAGGCGAUGUACUCAGGAUCAAAUGAGUCUCCCAUCGCAACGCUCACCCGGGAAAUGUCUCGCACAUCCUUGGAACCGCUCGCAGCCAACGCAGCAGAUACAAUGACUGGUCCCAACGCUCUCAAAGUUCGCACCUUCUCAUCGCGUAUGGAAGUCGAGAAGAAGCGCCAGCAGCGUGACACCCAGCGCCAAAACUCCACAAUCAAGGAUCUGCACAAGGUGCUUGCCGAGGGCUUCUUCUUCCCACUGCAGGGCAGAUUUGAAAUAAUGAUGCUGCAGUUCUCAUCAUCCUCCACGUCAUCAUACAACCCAUUCUUUAUCCCCCAUCUCCUGACCCUCUUCCUCCAAACCCUUUCCCUUAUCCUCUCCACAACAGGUCCCCACACCCCCUUCCUCCCAGCCCUCACCCAUGAAACCCUCUCCCUCCUCUUACCGCUACACACAGCUUCAGUUUCCAGCGAACCAACUGUCACUGCCGCACUCCUAUCUCUCUUCCUCGCUAUAGUGGAUCUCAAUAUUGCGUCUGGCUCAAAUGGUGAACAGCGUCUUGUUACCGAAUACGCUACGCAGGUGAUCGAGUUGCGCGAGUGGGCUUCCCAGGUCUUCGACCGGACGCCGCCUUCAGCUGCGCGGGCUGAUCCCAGCUCAGCGGUUACUGAUCCGCAGGAGCAGAUACGCACCCUUUCUGCUGGUGUUAUGGUACGGCUUGGGGAGGUGAUAGAGCGGUACCAGGGCCGGUUGAUGGGCGUCCAUUCUGGAUUUAGCUAUUAA